GGUGUCGGGUAGAGCGGGAGCAGUGCACUGCUCCGCGGAGAUCUCUGCGGGAAUCUCCCGUUGCGCCUGCAGCGCGCCCAUCUUGCCGAGCAAGUGGGGGACAUCGGAGAUCGCUGCCAGGAGAUGAGUAGCAGCGCUGUUCGCAGCGAGAGACUUUUUGGACUGUCAUCUCCGUUCGGCUGUGGUUGUGGCUGCCGGUACCAAUACCAAUUCACGGAUCGGUGGCGCUAUCAGUACACUGCCGCAGAGGUCAUUAUCGAGGUGAGGCUUAGCGAUAUGAGUGACUACACACAGCGCUAGGCUGCACUAAUGUACGUAGGCUGCUGGGUGCCCAUCGGACAGCGGCUGUGACAAAACGGUGCUCGAUCGGGAAGCAAACGGAUUGCAGGAAGAAUGCGUCUCGUUUACGAAGGUUAACUGGUAGCCUUGUGUGAUUAGAUUUCCGGAAUUGGAAUCUGUUUGGAUGUUUUCGGUUCCCCAGACCGGUGGCUUCCUGGAGGAAUAUGCGCGAUUAGAUGCAUUUAUUCUUCUUGAAUGUGGUAUAGCUUUUGGUGCUCCAAGGGUCACGUUUGCAAUCAUAUAAACAUCGAUGGCUGUUCAAUGAAUUGUUUUGGUUCAUGUUUUCUGAGAUGCAAUCUUUUAAUUUACUGUUAAUUACAUUCAGUAUGCUUUUUUCGUUCGCGUGCUUUAUCCUAUCAUCCGUCCUCCUUAUCACUAUCUUCAUAUUAUUAAUUUUCCUUUCUUUUGACUUUCUUUUGACAAAAUUCGAUUUUCUUUUGUGGUUUUGCAUUGUUUUCUUUUCUAUUGUUAUUAUUAUCAUUAUUUUUGUUAUAUUUCAGUUUUAAGAUACAAAGUAAAAUCUAUAGGCAGAUUUGGCUAUUUACAAAUGAAAUGAAAAUAAAAAAUUUAUUCAAAUCAUAAUCCAAAUCAAUCAGGAAAACAGCUCUCCCCAAAUGGAAAAAACCUUAACCAGUUUGAAAAGCAGUCGUCGAAAUAUCAACAAGAAACGACGAUUGCCAAAUUGGAUUUCCCCAAGAUUACAUUAUCCUCCCCUUUUAGUGGUAAAAUAGACCACUUGAAAGAGUUAACACUAUAACCAUAAACAUCAUCACGUAUAACUAAACCCUACACCUCCUCACAUCAGCUGGAGAACAAACGCUAGGCCCCCCUCCUCCCCCCUCCCCCCCGAUUCCAACGAAAGCCGGUUCUGCCGAGCACAUUGCCUCAAUCAACCUGACGUUGGCGGUAUUUUCGCUGGGAAUUCCCCGAUCAGUACGGUCGACGGCUCGCGCUCAGGUCUACGCGCGCACUGGAACUCCCGAACUCGAGCUAGAAACCCGAGAGCUUCGGAGCUGGAGAGAGUUGAAAACAGCAAGGGGAGGGGUAAACCGUCCAUGGCAAGACGUACGAGAGCGAUCGUUGUCACGGCCAUUGGUGGUCUUCGUAAGAUCGUCCACUGGCGUAUACACACACCCGAACGUCAAGAACAAGUUUGCGCGCGUGCUGUGAUCAAAUUCCGCCACCCCCACGCACCGAGUCUGCUUCAAACACGCCAAAACCUGUUCCGGUGCCCGGGGGAGGGAUGAAGAUGAUCGCUAUAGUGACAAGCGAUCAAGCGGACUGCGCGGAGGCAACAGGGUUCACCCGGCACAAGGGUGGUGGGUUAUCAACGAUUGAAGGCUUUUUGUUGUUUUGUUUUUGUUUUUGGGGCCACGGUUGCUUCUGCCGACUGGUCUUGAUGGUGGUUAUGGACGAGCGGGCGAGAGCGGACCCGUCGCCGAAAGCGGAGAGCGAAACCGGCCGACUGGUUGGCAGUGGUAGUGCGGCGAACAGCGCGAGAUGGAGCACCUUAGAAAAUAGACCGAUAGUUCUAGCAGAUACAGUCCUCCGCCAACGCUGAGGAGUAGCGGUCGUGCAUCAGAAUUCGUGUGGCCCUCGUGUGGUCAAUCAGCCAUUCAGCGGUACGGAAGCGCAUCGCGAUUCUGUCUCUCUGUUGUGUGUGGAUUUCUGGGAUCAUCGGUGUACGGGGGUAAGCGUUGCGUUGCAAACAGGGCCAUCAGCAAAUAGAACGAUGAUCGGUAAUCGUGUGAUCAAUCUGCUGAUCGUGGCGACGCUGGCUCUAGCAGGCCAAACAGUGCUGGCGCUAGAGCUGGGUCAGGAUUGCGUGAAUCCGGUUGGUGAGGCCGGCAAGUGUGUCCUGUUUCGUGAGUGUCAACCCUUGGUCGACAUUUACAACAAGCCGGUCAACACGCCGGACGAUACGCAAUUCCUCACCGAGAGCCGCUGCGGUCUCUACGAGCGUAAAACUUUGGUUUGCUGUGCGGGGGUAAGAUCCAAAGGCAAAACUUCGCUCCCAGAAUCACCAAACUGUGGGGUGCAGCUGACGGACCGUGUCAUCGGCGGACAGCCGACCAAGAUCGACGAAUUCCCGUGGACGGCGCUGAUCGAGUACGAGAAACCUAACGGCCGGUUCGGAUUCCACUGCGGUGGUUCGGUCAUCAACGAACGCUACAUCCUCACCGCGGCCCAUUGCAUCACGUCGAUUCCGCGCGGCUGGAAGGUGCACCGAGUUCGUCUGGGCGAGUGGGAUCUUUCCUCGACCACCGACCAGGAGGAUGACUUCUACGCGGACGCCCCGAUCGAUCUGGACAUUGAAAAGAUUAUCGUCCACCCCGGCUACAACCUGCAGGACAAGAGCCACCAUAACGACAUUGCGCUGAUACGCUUCAACCGCGAGAUUAACUACUCGAGCACGAUAAGCGCGAUCUGUUUGCCGCUGUCCAACUCGCUGCGCAACCGGAAGCACGCCGGCCUGUCGAGCUAUGCGGCCGGCUGGGGCAAAACGGAGACGGCUUCGGCGAGCCAGAAAAAGCUGAAGGUGGAGCUGACCGUGGUCGAUGUGAAGGAUUGCUCACCGGCGUACCAGCGCAACGGCAUCUCCCUCGACUCGACGCAGAUGUGUGCCGGUGGCAUUCGUGGCAAGGAUACGUGCAGCGGUGACUCGGGCGGCCCGCUGAUGCGACAGAUGAGCGGAUCGUGGUACCUGAUCGGUGUCGUUAGCUUCGGGCCGCAGAAGUGCGGAGCGCCUGGCGUGCCGGGCGUGUACACGAAUGUGGCCGAGUAUGUGGACUGGAUAAAGGACAAUAUCUACUGGUCAGUCCAUAGCGAAAGCGUGUCAAAUUAUCACAUGAUGCUGUUUGGAGGUGUUAAAGUGCUCCGUGUAUCGGGUCCUCCGUUGUUCUUUGUUUUAUUGUGGAUGGUACAUAGUGUUGUUGGGCUUGAUCUCAACGUAAACUGUGUGACUCCGCUGGGAGAGUCAGGAAAGUGUAUUCUGUUCCGAGAGUGCCAACCACUGAUCACCAUCUACAACAAACCGAUAAACACUCACGAUGAUACACUGCUACUAACGCAAAGCCGGUGCGGUAUGCUGCAGCGAAAAACGCUGGUAUGCUGCCCCGUGACCAGCCAGGCCAGGUCUUCCCUACCCGAACCGCCGGUUUGUGGCAUUCAUCUGGCCGAUCGGGUGAUUGGUGGGCAGCCAACGCAAAUCGACGAGUUCCCAUGGACGGCACUGAUCGAGUUCCAGAAACCGGACGGCAGCUUUGGCUUCCACUGCGGAGGAUCGUUGAUCAAUGACCGGUACAUCGUGACAGCAGCCCACUGUAUUAAAUCCAUUCCACGCGGCUGGAAGGUCCAUCGGGUGCGUCUUGGUGAGUGGGAUUUGACAUCGGCAAACGAUUGUCAGAAUGAGUUCUGUUCGGAUGCACCGAUCGAUCUGGACAUUGAGCAGAUUGUCGUCCACACUGGCUACGAUACGAAGGAUCAAAGCAAUGCGAACGAUAUCGCGCUAAUACGCUUCACCCGGCCGGUAAACUACUCACAAACCGUGCGGCCUAUCUGUCUGCCCCUGAGCAGCUCACUUCGCAACCGCAACCAUGCCGGAAUGCCCGCCUAUGCGGCCGGCUGGGGCAAAACUGAAUCGGCAACGGCCAGCGAGAAGAAACUGAAGGUCGAGAUGAACAUUAAAAGUCUGCAGGAGUGUGCGCCGGUCUAUCAGCGAGGAGGUAUCUUGCUGAAAAAGACGCAUAUGUGUGCCGGUGGCGUUCGUGGCAAGGAUACGUGCAGCGGUGACUCGGGCGGCCCGCUGAUGCGACAGAUGAGCGGAUCGUGGUACCUGAUCGGUGUCGUUAGCUUCGGGCCGCAGAAGUGCGGAGCGCCUGGCGUGCCGGGCGUGUACACGAAUGUGGCCGAGUAUGUGGACUGGAUAAAGGACAAUAUCUACUAGAUGGGCGGGAAGCACUAAGUGGAGCGCAUUAAAAAGAAGUAGACAUAUUGAUGGAUGGUUUGGGGACUUGUAACGAACGACUCAAAUAAAUCUCAUGCAUUUUAAUGCUCCUACGACCUCAA